GCCGCUCCGGCCCUUCCGGGCGGCGCUGCUGCCUCAGCCCGCUCCACACGCAGAUGUGGGAAGACAAAUGAAGGGGUUUAGAUGCCAAAUAAAUGUCAGUGGAAAGGAGAGCUACCGACACUAAGGGCUGAACACAAGUAAACUCCUUUUUCAGAGUUAAAGAAUUAUUAAAAAAAAAAAAAAAACAAGAUGGGGACGCCUGGUUCUGGAAGGAAAAGAACACCCGUGAAAGAUCGAUUUUCUGCAGAAGACGAGGCUUUGAGUAACAUCGCUAGAAAGGCAGAAGCAAGGCUAGCAGCAAAGCGGGCCGCCCGGGCCGAAGCGAGAGACAUCCGCAUGAGGGAACUGGAACGACAGCAAAGAGAGUUGGAUGAAAAAUCAGACAAACAGUAUGCUGAGAAUUACACAAGACCUUCAUCUCGAAAUUCUGCCUCAGCCACAACACCUCUAAGCGGAAACUCAUCCAGGCGGGGCAGCGGGGAUACCAGCAGCUUAAUAGACCCAGACACCUCGUUAAGUGAACUGCAGGAGUCUUUGUCUGAAGUAGAAGAGAAAUACAAGAAAGCCAUGGUGUCCAAUGCACAGCUCGACAACGAGAAGAACAACCUGAUCUACCAGGUGGACACCCUCAAAGACGUUAUAGAAGAGCAGGAGGAGCAGAUGGCAGAGUGUUACAGAGAAAAUGAAGAGAAAUCAAAGGAGUUAGAAAGGCAGAAACAUAUGUGCAGUGUGUUGCAGCAUAAAAUGGAUGAACUCAAAGAAGGCCUUCUGCAGAGAGUCGAGCUCACUGAGAAACAUGGCUUAUUUAUAAUCCCAGACAGCACUCGCAAUGGUGAUGUCAAUCAUGAACCUGUGGUUGGAGCCCUUACUGCUGUGUCUCAGGAAGCGGCUGGGGUCUUGGAGUCAGCAGGAGAAGGGCCACUAGAUGUGAGGCUACGGAAACUUGCUGGAGAAAAGGAGGAGCUCCUGUCACAGGUUAGAAGACGGAAGCUGCAGAUAGAGGAAGAACGGCGGAAGUCUUCAAGGAAUGAGGGCACAUCUGGGGACUUGGCGGGACUGCAGAAUGGCUCAGAUUUGCAGUUCAUCGAGAUGCAGAGAGAUGCCAAUAGACAAAUUAGUGAAUACAAAUUCAAGCUUUCCAAAGCAGAACAGGACAUAACCACCUUGGAACAAAGUGUUAGCCGGCUUGAGGGCCAGGUGCUGCGCUACAGAACUGCCGCUGAGAAUGCAGAGAAAAUCGAAGAUGAGCUGAAAGCAGAAAAGAGGAAGCUGCAGCGAGAGCUACGGACAGCACUGGACAAAAUUGAGGAGAUGGAGAUGACCAAUAGCCACCUGGCAAAGCGGCUGGAGAAGAUGAAGGCCAACAGGACGGCCCUUCUAGCCCAGCAAUAGGGGACGGACCUUCUGCCUGGGUGCCGCUCCGAGGGCCCUGCCCAGAGAUACUGACUCUUUGUAUAUUGACACAAAGCUUU